AUGGGGCCGAUAAUGACAGGACUUAUUCCAUUUUCCAGCGUCAAUUGUACUUUAUUGGAUGAGCUUGUUGCGAGUCCAUCAUCGACAAGAAAAACUGGAGAACAACAAGUGCGAAUAUUUGUGAAACAAUUACUCAAUGCGCUCAAAUGUAUGCAUGAUAAAAAAAUAGCGCACUUGGAUUUGCGACCAGAAGUAAUCUUACUGCAAGAUGACCAUUUGCGACUUGCUGAUUUUGGUCGUAGUAGGCCUUUGACAAAAGGUAAGGUUACGACAGAUAUAACUGGCAGUCCAGAAUUUCUUUCACCUGAAAUAGCUUCUGGAGCAUCAGCGACUCUUGCAUCAGAUCUUUGGAGUGUGGGGACAUUAGUUUACAUAUUAUUAUCCGGUAUUUCACCUUUCCUUGGUGAUAACGACAAUCAAACUCUAAGAAAAGUUAUUCUUGGAAAAUAUCUAUUGGAUUGCGAUGAAUUUUCUAAAGUGUCCAGUGAGGCGAAGGAUUUCAUUUCGAGGCUUCUCAUUCUUAAUCCUAAAGGUCGUCUAACAGUAGAUGAAGCUCUCAUGCAUCCAUGGAUUUCUGAUGAUCAACUCAGUGAAGCCAAAUUGACUUCAGAAUGUUUGAGGGAAUUCAAAUAUCGUCACAAAUGGCAUGAACGUCGGGUCUUCGUGCAACAAACGCCAUCCGAAUUGACUUUAAAUGCAGCACAAGUGAGAAAUUUAUGUCUCUAA